GGAAGCCUCGCAGCUCGCAGUUCGCACGCACGGCACCUGGAUUGAUCCGAUACGAUGUAAAGAGGCGAGAGCAAGCAAUUACGCGCUACCCCGAGGGCCUAGCCGCAAGAAUCCAAACCCGAGACGAGCAGCCGGAUGAGAAACUUCCACUAGAAAUUGCCCAAUCCCGUCCCGCUCUCCCCCUCUUCCUCCUCCCUCGAAUCCCCCAAAUUUGAUCUCGUUUCAGGGCGAAAUUGUUGCCUCCCCCCGCCCUGUCGCUCUGAUUCGAGCGAGCUGGUCGCGCUCUCGCCUGGUGUGGUGUGGGUUGAUAUAGGGCGGGGAGAUCAGGGGAUGGGGUACUUGAGCACCGUGAUCGGCCACCCCACGGACGGAUCGCCCGUCAGCGGCGGCGGCCUCAGCCAGAAUGGUAAGUUUAGCUACGGUUACGCGAGCUCCCUUGGUAAAAGGGCUUCCAUGGAAGACUUCUAUGAGACAAGAAUAGAAAGUGUCGAUGGACAGCUUAUCGGUUUAUUCGGAGUUUUUGAUGGUCAUGGUGGUGCUAAAGUAGCUGAGUAUGUUAAACACAACCUCUUCAGCCAUCUUCUUAGGCAUCCAAAGUUCAUGAGUGACACAAAAGUCGCUAUAGAUGAUUCUUAUAAAAGUACCGACAGUGAGUUCUUGGAAUCUGACAGUAGUCAAAACCAGUGUGGCUCAACUGCAUCAACUGCUGUGCUUGUUGGCGAUCGUCUGUUUGUCGCAAAUGUUGGAGACUCCAGGGCUAUCAUAUGCAGGGGAGGAGAUGCUGUACCUGUUUCGAAAGAUCACAAGCCUGAUCAGACAGAUGAGAGGCAACGUAUUGAAGAAGCUGGAGGUUUCGUGAUGUGGGCAGGAACAUGGCGCGUCGGUGGUGUACUCGCCGUUUCUCGUGCUUUCGGUGACAAGCUCCUAAAGCAAUAUGUAGUUGUGGAUCCAGAGAUCCGGGAGGAAGUUGUUGAUGAUACUCUGGAGUUUCUCAUCCUUGCAAGUGAUGGACUGUGGGAUGUGGUCUCUAACGAGGAGGCUGUCGACAUGACUCGAUCGAUACAAGACCCAGAAGAAGCUGCCAAGAGGCUCUUGCAAGAGGCCUACAAGAGGGAGAGCAGCGACAACAUAACCUGUGUUGUUGUGCGCUUUUUUCAUGGGCAAGGGAGUGGCGGACCUGCUUAAGGGCAGGUGCGAAAAGUUACUCUGACGUGGUGUUGUAUUAUGAUGAUACACAUUCCUUAAUUGAUACCCCUGAAAGUUUAAACAGAAAUAAACCGGAAGUAGGAUUUGUGUAAUCUGAUGUGAGAAGAAAUCUGAGGAAUGACUGUACCUUAGCCUUAGGGUUAACGAUAAAUGAGCGUUCAAGGUAGUUUCGUUGCAGAUGGGGUUGGAUCUGACAACAGUGUUGUAUCUGUUUGUGGAUUGCCCAACCACGUGUGAUGUAUCCAUGACUCUCCCCGGUUAAGUGACUGUUGUUGUACUGAAGUUUAGUGAAUGAUAAAUGUAAUUGACUUGUUGGAGAGGAUGCUAAAUGUUUUUAACGUGUCUUGAUAUCUAA